AUGGAAGUUCAAAACCCUUUUCAAGUCAAUUGGGAUAAAUUGAACAUAUCCAAUUUCACUGAUUUUUUUUUCUCCAAAAUUGCAGUUCAUGGCAGCCAUUUGGCUAUGGUUGACAUCGACACUGGAAAACAGUGGAGGUAUUCUGAGAUACGAGGAUGGUGCGAAAUGUGCGCUACGCGUUUGAGAGAAAUUCAAGUUGUUAAUAGCAGUAAAGUUGCUAUAAUCGCUGGGACCACAGGUCAAACUUUGUUUGUUCAAUUGGCCUGUUCACUCAUUGGGUGUUUAGGGGUAACAAUUAAUGGCUUUUCUAAUGUAGACGAUAUCUGGCACCUCGUCGAUUUGAGUGAAUCGACCCAUCUUAUAGUUGAAGCUCAAUUCUUACAAAAGGCUGAAGACGUGCGACGCAAAGCUCAAAUGAGAACAGGUGGAAGAAUCAAGCAUAUUCGAAUUCUUGAUGAGGUAUUAUCAUCUGAAACUCUUCUCCCUGAGAACAGAAAACCUAAUAUCAAAAAAGAACAAUCGACUCACUCGCUCCUAAUAAAUAACGAGAAUGAAGAAAAGCUGGCCGCUGUUGCAAUUUCGAAUCAAAAAGAAAAUGACAAUGAAUCUGGAGACUUUAAUUCGGAUGGAGCACUAGAAUCAGACAGCCUCGAAUCUUCACACAAGACGUUUUUAAUCUUUUUCACAAGUGGCACAACCAGUAUGCCAAAACCAUGCGAAGUUACACAUAAAUCUGUAAUCAUCAACAUUCAACAAAUGAGUUUUCCGUUGUACGGUCCAACACAACCAAAAGAACGAUUUCUCCUUCCAUUAGCUCUUUCCCAUAUAUUUGGAACAUUGUCAGCUUACUAUGCGCUUAUUAAUGGAUCAGUUGUUUACAUGUUAUCGAAAGUAACUCCAAAACAGUUGGUUGAUGUUUUCAUAAAUCAACAGAUCAAUGUUGCUCAUAUCACAACAGCCAUGGUUCACUGGCUGUCGAACGAAGAGAUAGUCAAAAAUUAUCAAUUUUCUACUUUACGUAGUUUGAUUGUGGGUGGCGCUCCUGUUGAUAGUAACAGACUUCAGAGAGUGAAAGAGAAACUUCAGUUGAAAGACUUAAGACAAACAUAUGGAAUGACAGAGCUUGGUGGUUUGUGUACUCUUUUGCCUUAUGAAGCCGAUAGUUUGACUAGUGUAGGCCAACCUCUCCCUGGAAUGUUAAUGAAAAUUGUUAACUGGGAAACGAAAACUAUAUGUCAGCCUCGUAAACCGGGGCAAUUGUUGGUCAUUGGACCUCAAGUUUCACCGUCUUACUUUAAGAAUCAAAAAGCAACUAGUGAGCUAUUGGAAAGCAAUGGAUAUGUGAGAACCGGUGAUGCUGCUUAUUACGAUGAAACAGGGAAAAUUUUCAUUAUGGAUAGAAUCAAAGAUAUAAUCAAAUAUAAAGGAACACUUAUCUGUCCUUCAGAAGUAGAACAAAUUUUACGAGCUCAUCCAGCUAUAGAUGACUGUGCGGUGGUUGGACGACAGGACCAUGUUUCAGGAGAGGUUCCUGCAGCUUUUGUUGUGAGGAAUGCAAAUUUUCCGCAACUUUCUUCUGCUGAAGUUCGACAGUAUGUAUCCGGCAAAAUAGCUACAUUCAAGGAAUUACGAGGAGGCGUUUUCUUCAUUCCGGACAUUCCCAGAAGUGUAUGUGGUAAACUGAUUCGGAAGCAGUUACGCCAAUUUUGGGAUCGGGAGAGAAACAACAAAGAAAAAGAGACUGUAAAAACUAAACCAAAGGAAAAAUUGAAAAAAUAA